UUAUAUGGUUGAGAGAGGAGGACGCCGACGAAACGAAACCAGAAGAAGCAAGAAGAAAUAGCCAGCCUGUUUGUCCGUUUUUGCUGUGUGUGUGUUUUUGUGUUUACUUCUGGUGUAAUGUCAGUUCGUCGGGCCGGUUUAGUGCUGCUCUGCGCGAUGUUGGCGGUGACCUGCGCUCGUAGGAGUUCGCCGGAGCUGGAGGAUGUUCAGGAGAAAAUGAACAGCGCCAGAUGCACAUCCAGGUGCCUCACUCUGCACAUGACCCAGCUAACCGCUGCUUUCAGACACCUCCAGAGUGACCAAGUUCUGGUUUGGUGUGAAAACCACAGACGCUGUGCUCAGUGUCUGCAGCCAUGCAAAGAACUGUGGGAAACGAGGAAGGUACCGUCUCCAAAGUCUUGCGAGAAACAGACAGAGUGCGUGACCAGCAGGGAGUUUCUGGCCUCCUUAAGGUCGUCCCGUCAGGGGGACUGCCCUCCGCCUCAGCGAGCCACAGGAUUCGCCGCAGCCUGUGUGGAGAGCUGCUCUUCAGAUCAGCACUGUCCAUCCCCCAGGAAGUGCUGCUCCAAUAGCUGUGGGCACACUUGCCAAUCCCCAGCCAAUCUAUAUAAAGGUGUCCCUCUGAAGCCUCGCAGAGACGUUAGCUUUUUGGAGGACUCAGAGGGUCAUGUGAAGGUGAUGUGGGUGUCAAAGUUCAAUGUCAGCGUGGAGCCUGUUGUUUACAUGCUUCAGUCUCGUUGGAAUGCAGGCAUUCACCCCAGUGAAGACCAUGCCUCUCCGUGGGCUACUGUAGCCAUGACCCUCUCUGAAGACGUGGUUCUGUCAGAUCUGAGACCUCAGCGUUGGUACCAGUUUAGAGUGGCAGCUAUCAACAGCCACGGCAGCAGAGGUUUCACCACACCCAGCAAACACUACAUCUCCAAUAAAGACCCUUCGCCCCCAGAACCACCGAUAAAUGUCAGAGUGAGCAACCAGACUCUAAAUUGGACAGGUCCACAGUCAGCAUCCCAGUUCACAGAAAGGUCGAGGGAGAGUGGUGUCACAGUGGCGGUCUUAUUACACUGGGAGCCCCCCAGAGAGGGAGAUCUACCUGUGCACAACUACCGAAUCACCUGGAUGUCUCAACAUACACACUCAGCACAAAAACACAAACAUAUACUGCAAGCACACAGACGUACAGUACUCAAUAACAUGCACACACGACCUACACAGUCACGCACACCAGCACAGGGUAAAAAGGAAAGCAACAGCAGAGUGACUCAGGGGGCGCAGUGUGAAGUGUGGCUGCAGGAUCUACUGCCUGCUGCUUCCUACCUUCUCUCUGUCCAGACAGUGGCCUACUGGGGUCAGAAGAGACUAAAGAGUCCUAGAGCUCAACUUGUUUUCACUACCAUCCCUCAUGCAGAUUUCUCCAAUGAGCUCCCCUCCUCCUCCUCCUCCUCCUCCUCCUCCUCUCCUUCGCUCUCUUCUUUCUCACCUUCUUCCUCUGACCUCCCUGUUUCCUCCUCUCUGCCUCACCCUGAAACCCCUCUGAACCCCGCCACCCUUGGAAACCUGCGGCUGGAGGUCGCUGCCCCUCAUUACCAUAACAACCAGCUCCAGGUGAAGGUGUUCUGGAAAUGGCCCCAGCAAGCAAGACAGAGACACCCUGGUCCAUACAUUCUGAGGUGGCGACCGCAUACCUGCAGUACUAAUGUGACAAGCACAGAGGGAACAACUACAGUGCAGGGCACUCAUCACACCAUCACAGGCCUGCUGUUUGCCUGUAAGUACCGGGUUGCUGUGGCACCUAAGGCUGACCCGGGGUCAGAGGCUGUUGCCUGGCUUACUACCCCGACUUGCUCCUCCAUCAGGGUCAGAGGAGGCAAAUCUUUGCCGUGCAGCACUGAGGAGCGCCUCCUGCCAGGCAGAAAGGUGGUACUGCGUCCAGAACGACUGACUGCAGACUUCCAGCAAGUCAACGGUACUCUGCUCACGACGUUUCGUUGGAGGUUGUCCCAGCAUGCACUUCACCCGGCAGCUGUCGAAGGUUUCCAGUUUACCUGGACGCUGCAAUCAGAAGUUUCAAGGAAAACAGAAGGACUGGAAGACACGCUCAUCUCCCAGACACAGACUGUCGCACCGUCUCAGAGGUCGGUGACAGUUUAUGGUCUUCAGGCUGACAGUGUUUAUCAGCUGCAGCUCCAGGUGCUAACAGCAGGGGGCAGCAGUGGUGCCGCAGUCUCCAAGACCAUAUAUACUCCAGCUACCAAUACGACACUUUAAUAGGCCCCACCUGCAGCACCUCCACCAACUGCUGCAGAACAGUCAUUUAUAAAAGCAUCUACUUUUCUGUAGUCUUCCACUGUGCACUAAGCUUUCAAAGUUUCAAGGUCAAUUGCAGGGAACAUGACUUAUACUAUAGACUAAAGAAAGUUCAUCUCUGUGACUUAGAUUCCUCUCAGAUUAAAGUCAUUCUCGCUUUUGUAUUUUUGUUCUCUAUCAUCUGAAUCACUUUUCAAAGAUUAUGAAGACUGUGGGCUUGCUCUAAUGGAAAGAAAGGUUAACGGCGCUAGUUAAUAUUACUUUGUAAAAAUUUGAUAUGAACUGUACGUGUGCAUAGUGCCACUUUGAAAAGCACUAUCCUUACAGUUUGUGUCGGCACAGAAAACCAUAUCCCUGUUUCUCAUGAACAUGGCAGCAUUUUCCAAAGGAUCCCUCCUGGUAUCUGUAGUGCAAGAUGUACCUGUGGAAAAUGAGACUCCUUGCACGGCUGUCUUUGGCAUUAAGAUGGGAUUCAUAAAAACACCUUACAUCACUUGAGCCAAAUGACACUUGGAUGGAGAUGCUGUAUGCCUGUUGUUUUUGAUCAUGCUAGUGGAGAAAAUAUAGCACUGACCUUAUGUACAAUAAGUAAUGUAUAACAACAACAGGCUGACUGUGUUAUAUGCCAAUGCAUAAUCUGCUACAUAACCUCUGAGUUUAGUGCAGUUUUAAUGUAAACUCAGAUAGUUUCAUAUUUUGUCCAUAUGUUUUAAAGUUGUUUUGUUUUUUUUUACUUUUGUAUGGGAAAUGUAAUUGUUUGAUAAAAUUUGGGCUGUGUGAAUAAUUAUUUACAUAAUAUUUCACCCAUUUCAUUAAACAAUGAUACGUGACACUUCAACACAGUUGAUAUAGCUGCACCUGUGUUAGACUCCUUUGUUUCACAAAAGUCUUAUCAUUGCUUUGAGGCCAUUGGAAACUACUUUUGUGAUGCAAUCAGUAAUUACCAAGUUAAUAUUCUCUUUGUGUAACCUUUUCCUGUUCAUAAUUUUUUAGUUCAAGCUUUUACUUUUUGACUGGUAGAUUAUUUAUUGUUUUGUCUUUUUUGUAAUUAAAGAUGAUCAAAAUA